GUUUUUCUUGUUGUUUUGAAUUAUGCUUUUGAAUAUUCAAACCAUGAUGUUGAAUUUGCCUUAUUUUUCUCUUAAUUUUCGUUUUAUGAAGUACUGGGAAAUCUUCUCCCUUAGUUUCUCUGUGGAAAAGGAGGAUGCUUCCUUAUAGUUUCCCUUACCCUUUUGCCUGUUCUAUGAUCUUCUUCGGUUAAAAUUUGAAAAAAAUCUGAGGUUUAAAUUUUGAACUAUGGUUUAGUAGAUUUGGCAUUUUAAGCUGUUAUUAGCUGUACAAAUUGCUUUCUGCAAUUCUCCAUUCAAGUUUCGAUUUGAGGGGUUUCUUCAUGAUCAUGGUGAUGCGUAGCCAAAUUUUUGCUGUUCUCGUCAGUGUUUUAGUCUGGUUGUUGCUUGGCUGUAGUUUGAGCUAUGCGUCUCAAGAAGAUAUUGAUUGUUUGAGGAGCAUCAAAGAUUCACUUGAGGAUUCCCUUGGUUACUUAAAUUCUUCAUGGAAUUUCGACAACACUACUGAAGGAUUUAUUUGUAGAUUUACCGGGAUUGAUUGUUGGCACCCAGAUGAGAAUAGGGUUCUGAAUAUCCGGCUUGCAGAUAUGGGACUCAAGGGUGUGUUUCCUCAAGGAAUCGUAAAAUGCAAAAGUAUUACAGGCUUAGAUCUUUCAAGCAACAAACUCUAUGGACCUAUUCCAUCUAAUAUUUCUCAAAUUAUCCAUUAUGUCACUAGCCUUGAUCUCUCAUCUAAUAAUUUCUCUGGAGAAAUCCCACCGGCACUCGCAAAUUGUAGCUUCUUAAACAUUUUGAAACUCGACUAUAACAGCUUGACGGGUUCGAUUCCUCCAGUACUCAGUUUGCUGAAUAGGAUAAAAACAUUUAGCGUGUCUAAUAAUCUCUUGUCGGGGCCAAUUCCAUAUUUUAAUGUUUCAUUAACAGCAGAGGAUUUUGCGCAUAAUCCUGGAUUGUGUGGGAAGCCUUUGGAUCCUUGUCAGUCGACUUCAAAAGGCCCUAAAACUGGAAUUAUUGCUGGGGCUGCUGUCGCUGGGGUGACGGUUGCUGCAAUAGGUGUGGCUAUUGGUAUGUUCUUCUAUUACCGUAGAGUAUCUGUUAUGAGGAAGAAGAAGGAUGAUGAUCCAGAAGGAAACAAAUGGGCAAAGAGCUUAAAGGGAGAUAAAGGCAUUAAGGUUUCCUUGUUUGAAAAAGGAGUUUCCAAGAUGAGAUUAAAUGAUCUUUUGAAGGCCACUAACAGUUUCAGCAAAAAUAAUAUCAUUGGGUCAGGAAGAACAGGGACUAUGUACAAAGGUGUCCUCGAAGAUGGAACCUCGCUUAUGAUUAAAAGGUUACAGGAUUCUCAACACUCUGACAAAGAAUUUACAUCUGAGAUGGCUACUCUGGGAAAUGUGAAACACCGCAACUUAGUUCCCCUUCUAGGUUUCUGUGUUGCAAAAAAGGAGAGGCUUAUAGUUUACAGAUACAUGGCAAAUGGCACUCUCAAUGAUAAUUUGCAUCCUGUAGAUGAUGCUAACAAGGCUAUGGAGUGGUCCAUAAGGCUUAAAAUCGGUAUAGGGGCUGCCAAAGGAUUUGCAUGGCUCCACCACAACUGCAAUCCUCGUAUACUUCAUCGAAAUAUAAGCUCUAAGUGCAUCUUAUUAGAUGCAGAUUUUGAGCCCAAAAUAUCCGAUUUUGGUCUAGCUAGGCUUAUGAACCCAAUUGAUACACAUCUGAGCACCUUUGUGAAUGGCGAGUUUGGGGAUUUAGGUUAUGUUGCCCCUGAAUAUGCCAGAACUCUAGUGGCCACUCCAAAAGGAGAUGUCUACAGCUUUGGAGUUGUCCUUCUCGAGUUGGUGACUGGUGAGAAACCUACCCACGUAUCCAAAGCUCCUGAGAGCUUCAAGGGAAGUCUGGUCGAAUGGAUCACGCAGCUAUCAAAUGAUGGGAAACUUCAUGAUGCUAUUGACACAUCCUUGCUUGGGAAGGGUGUUGAUAAUGAACUUUUCCAAUUUCUUAAAGUUGCUUGUAAUUGUGUAUUGCCACCUCCCAAGGAGAGGCCUACCAUGUUUGAAGUAUACCAGCUUUUAAGAGCUAUUGGGGAGCGAUACAAAUUUACCACCGAGGAAGAAAUUUUGAUGCCUUCAGAUACUGGUGAUGCUGAUUAUUUAGAGGAACUUAUUGUUGCUCGAGAAGUCAUCGAGGGUCAGUGAAGAGCUAUGGGACAUGGUGAGUAUUGUAUCUUAGCAUAGUGCAUGUGUAAGUAUUUGCUCUUGUGCAUGUUUAAAUAAAGGUUGAAGUUACAUGUAUGAUGCUUUACUUACUAUUUCAACUUCCUACAUUCAGUACUCACUGUAAUUGUAUCAGGUAUAUUUUUUAGCAUCUACAUUAGGUCUUUGUGUCUGUUAUUUCAUAUUAGAAUCCUUCACCUAUGUCCUCGAGGAAAAAAAAAUCUUUAGAUUGAUUAGUAUCAUACAUAAUCUUUCGAGGCUUUCUCCCUAAAUUAUCAUGUAUGUAGGAUGAUUAGCUUCACACCAAUCAAAUGCUACGUAUAAUGUAAUUAAGAUCACUUCACAAUUGUGGGAUCUGUUUUCCUUAUUGAUUAAUGUGAUAAUUUCUUGCUGAA